GAAGAAGAAGCAGUAGUGCACCGGCAAGGUUUUUUAUUUCUCCAGAUUUACGUAAAUCUUAAAAAUUCGUGAAACAAGGACAUAGGAUGUCCCGCUCCCUGCAACGCUUAAUGGGCAGCUGCCGCCGCUGGGCACAACAACCCACAAUCCGCCACUUUGCCGCUCCUGCAGAUUCCACCAAAGGCAAGGGUCCUAUCUCCUGGAAAAGUCUGGCUGUCAUUGGAGCACUUGGAGCCGGCGGCUUAGGCUUUAUGUUGUACGUGAAGAGCGAGAAAGAUGAGGCGAGGCUGAAGGAGCGCCAGCGCCAACUGGGAAAAGCUGCUAUCGGAGGCAGAUGGGAACUUGUAGACUCUCAGGGAGCAGUUCGCAAAUCAGAGGACUUCUUGGGCAAGUGGUUGCUCAUCUACUUCGGCUUCACUCACUGUCCGGACAUUUGUCCAGAUGAAUUAGAGAAGAUGGCCGCAGUGGUGGAUGAAGUAGAAAAAUCCCCACAAACGCCGGCGGUGCAACCUAUUUUCAUUACCGUUGACCCGGAACGGGACUCUAAAGAGGUGGUGGCUAAAUAUGUAAAAGAGUUCUCGCCUAAACUUUUGGGACUUACUGGAACCGUCGAUCAAAUUCGAAAAGUGUGCAAGGCCUUCCGAGUUUAUUUCAGUGCUGGACCGCGGGACGAGGACAACGAUUACAUUGUGGAUCACACCAUCAUCAUGUAUCUAGUUAAUCCAGAUGGCGAGUUCGUGGACUAUUACGGCCAAAACCGGGACAAAGACCAGUGUGUUGCCUCUAUCCUGGUGAAUAUUGCCAAGUGGAACUCCGUGAACAAAAAGGGCUGGUUUAGCUAGGCUGAUUAAGCUGUUUAUCCGUUGUAUUUACUUUUACGUAUAACGUAUACUGUUAGAAAUAUAUAAAAAAGCCGUACUGGUA